GUAAAGCUUGCGGCUGGUGCGUUAUCUAAGUUCCCCCAUACAAUGGAACCCUAUUUACGCCAGCUUGGCCUGCCAGUAAAACUCGUUCGGGGGAUUGUUCAUCUAACCGAAGAGUUCACGGUCUGUCAAAAAGACGAAGCACUAAAGCCGGAACAAUGUCGCAUUCUGGUGAAAGUCAGUUUGGCAAACAAGCUCGUUUUUAGUGCCUCAUUUACUAGCCAACUAUAG